AUGCAGGAUAUUGUCUACAGGCUUGUGCCAGGAAUGUUCGCCGAGGAAAAACGGAGAAGAUACGAUUUCCUGAGACGGCAAAAUAAAAAGCAGGGCAUUAUCGAUGAGCCGAUGCCCGGGAAGAAGGAAGAAGUCCUCGAUGUUGGUCCAAUGUAUAAAUGCUAUCAAACGAAACCGGAAGUGUCGCAUCACCGGCAGGGAGACCAGACAAUGGUCGAACUCUCCCCAUCGCCUGGCCUUGGGAAAAUCGGCCGUAAUAUCGUUAGACUACAUUCCAUGGCCACGAUAAAUACGAUAAAACGAUACCUGGCGCUAUGCCUCUGGAACGACGUGGCCAAGUACCAAGAGCUGGACGUGUUCUGCAACAACGAGCUGAUGGGCAAGGAUUUCUCGAUGAAGUUUAUCCGGAUGACGAGAUGGCGCCAAAAAGCCGCCGACGCCCCCCUCGAGCUAGAAUAUCGACAGCAUUUGGAUUUU